AUGGUGGGAACAGGCUCAAAAGCAAAGCCUGUGAGGCGCCUGAAAACGGGCACCGAAACCACAAAAAACCAUCGGUUCGAGCCAUUUUCACAGCGCAUCACGAAGCUCAAAAUCGAUCCGAUCCACCGCGUGCGCCGCGCCAGUUUUGGCGAAGAUGAAGACGAAACAUCCUCUUAUUUCCGAUCGGCGCUCGAUCACUGGUUCGAAAUGAACCUUUCAGACAACUUCACACAAUUUGUACGGCGUGUGAAUCCUCUUUCCGAGAGCUUUGCGCAAGUUCUGUACCACGAGGAAAAGAUUAUGGGUCUACUGGUGGAAUUCAUCGAGAAGAGGGAUCAGCUCUCUAUGGAACCAUUACUGAGUUUACUUGCACAAUUUGCCCGGGAUAUGGGCGUCAAAUUUGAAAAGCAUUUUGCUACCGCAGUGACACUGGUGUCGUCUGUUGCAGCAACGCAUGCCGAUAUUGAGGUCGUUGAAUGGAGUUUCACAUGUCUUGCGUGGAUCUUCAAAUUCCUAUCUCGCUUGUUAGUGCCAGAUUUGCGACAAUUGUUGGGUAUCAUGACUCCAUAUCUCGGUAAAGAGCGACAGAAGCCAUUUGUGGCGAGGUUCGCUGCUGAGUCAAUGUCAUUCCUUAUUCGAAAGGCCGGUCUUGUUUAUUACAAGAACAAAGCGCCCCUUGAGAUCGCCGUCUCGUUCCUCUUCAACGACAUCUCAAAAGCUGCCGAAGAUAACAAGGAUACCGAGAACUACAGGGAAGGACUAAUGACCAUGUUCUCUGAUGCUAUUAGGGGUGUCAACAAUGGGCUUCACUCCAAUGGCAUGGAUAUCCUCAAUUGUGUUCUGAAUCAGAUGCCGCCGACCAUUGAAAGCCAAAAUGAUCCCGCGGAAGUUAUAUAUGGUCUGCUUGUCAGCCUUGUGCACGCCACUACUCCCGAUACCUUCGGCCCUAUUCUCGACACAGUUAAGGCUUAUAUUGAAGAUCGUUCAAAAUUAACACCGAAUCCAAAUCUCUCAGAGUGCUGUCGGAUAAUGUUUCUGCUUGUGGCAACUCGCAAGGGUGUCCGAAUCCAAAAUUGGAAAAUGGUCCACCAGAUCCAACUAUCUCUGCUUCAGCAGGUGUCAGCAUCUGAUGUGUCAUCAGCGACAAUAUCACAACUCCUGACAAGCGUCGCAUAUGCCUUUCAAAUGUCUCCAAUGGACGAGUUGCUGCCGUUCCUUCGCUCUAUUAUGGACCUGGUGACCAUCGGCCCGCUUUCGAAAUAUUUCUUAUUCUUCUGUACAACAUUCUCAGAGUGGGGGUCAGAGCGAUUCCAGAGUCUGCUUCUCUCGCCUUUCCAAAAGUUCAUCAACUCAUCGUGGCAAAAGUCAGAGUGGGAGACUUGUUUCACCCUGCUUCGCCUGCAUCAGGCUGGCUGCAUUACGCCCGAAGCCUCACAAUCUGGCUAUAUCUCCUGCCCAGAUGCCUUUAAAUCACGUAUAACUGAUUCAUUGGAGUACCCUACUAAGGACGAAGCUUUCUUAAAUGCGCUGGUAAAGCUUCCAGCCGCGAUUUCCUUGUUUGCAGAUUCUGCUACCUUAGACAAGAUGGUUUCCAAGUUGCAUAGUAAUCUUCUCUCAGCUCUCCAAGAUGGUGCAGCUGAAGGCACAGAUGGCCAUGCUAAGGGGCUGGUAUUCUUCCUUGGCCAAGGAUUCAAAACGUACGUCGAACUCGCCAACAAAGUCGGAGAGCUGGAUUCAAGUCUCUUGAAACCGAUCAUCGCGACUGCCACAAAAUUCUCCCGCCUGCCAGUCUUUUUGGAGGGUGCACUUGCUUUCAUCUCCUCUCUCCCAGAGGAUGCAGACCUUGAACAUCCCACCCUCGAAGCCUUUGCUCAAGAUUUGAUUGUGAAUCUGGCGAGCCCGUCGCAUAGACUGAGACUAGUCUCCCUUCAGAUCCUUCGGGAAUUGAUUGUUCGCAUUGCGAAAGACGAACCUUCGCCUGUGGAAUUGGCCAUCGAAGUGGAGAAAAGCCCACUGACAAUGGACUCUGUGAGAACCAUCUCCAUGCACAUUCGAAAACUCGCCAUUCUCUACCCUCAAAUCGCCCACCGCAGAUGGAUGGCCACCCUGAUCCCUUACUUUUGCUUUGGCUUGUUCUCGAAGAAGUUGGCUCCACUCUGGGAUGACUCUGCUGCUGCCUUGAAGACUAUUAGUGAAAACCCACAGGGUGAGAAGAUCGUGUCCGACUUGUCCAUCCAGUGGCUAUCAGAGAGGGAUACCAAUGCCCCCAGCGACGUCCCAACGGAAGAUGAUGAGAGCUCUUUUGUCAAGAGCCACUUCCAGUGUUACAAUGUUGUGAAGGUUGAAAAGGUUCUCGCUGCCAACACCAAGAGUACUGAAGAUCCAUAUCAUGUUCUGUCUCAACAAUUCCAACAGGACCACACUGUCGCAGAUAUUCUUCCCAAUUGCCCGCGAACCCAUGCACUUCGUGUUCUGAAUGCUGCACCGGGCGUUGCCGAAAAACGCUCCCGCCAGAUCGUGCCGUUGUUCUUAUCUUGGGCAUUACGUGAUGACCAAGAUGAUGCGCCUCCAACUGGCGAGGCGAAGGUUGAAGACGUUGAAACUGGUGAUGCGCAGAUUCGCUGGGGUUUCCGGGACCGAUUGUCCAUGCUUGCUCUAUUUUCACGAUUCCUCAACCCCAUUGUCUUGUUCAAGGCACCCGAGGUCCAUGCGGCAGUAUUGGGACUCUUAUGCCAUGGUAACUCUGACCUGCAGAAGCAUGCACUCAAUGUCCUUUUCACUUGGAAAGAUCCAAAUGUGCUCCCUUAUCAGGAGAAUUUACUUAAUAUCCUGGACGAGGCCAGAUUUAAGGACGAGCUUGCCGUGUUCGUGCACGUUGGCAGCGAAGACAGUCUCAUCAAACAAGAGCAUCGAGAUGUUCUCAUUCCCAUACUUCUUCGACUACUGUAUGGUCGGAUGAUUUCCAAGGCGGGCUCAGCCGCUGCUGGUCAAGCCGGUAGACGAAAGACCAUUCUUCGAACCAUCUCCCACCUCUCAGAGCACGACUUUGCAAUUUUCAUGCAGCUCUCCUUUGGUCCUCUUGCAGGCGUGCGUCUUAUCAACGACAACAACGAAUGCAACUCGAAUGUCUUCCAGGAAGACCUGACGAGCCCGAAAAGACAAUUGGGUCUGCUUAAGCUGAUUGAUACUGUCUUUGAUACCCUCCAAACCCGUAUGACUGAAUUUGCUUCCCAGACCAUGGAUGUGGUUGUCUACUGUUUGGUGCGAGCAUGCCGUGCCAUUUACAAUGAGGGUAGCGAUCGCCCCAACGAACGCCUCUUGCCUGUGCUUCAAAACAUCCGUUCGGAGUGUAUACGCUGUCUAAAUCUAGUCUUUUCGAUUGUCCCGAACCACGAUUGGACUCCCUACGUCCGCAUCAUCUUUAAAGAGAUGAUUGACAGCAGAAUGGAUCAGUUCCCUAUCGAGACAGCCCAGGGCGUUUCGGGACUUCUACGAUUGUUCCAUGCUUGGGCCUCUGCUCCCAGGUCGGCCUUCUACUUGGUGCAGCACAACGACAAGGUCUUGACUAAGGUGAUUGACUGUCUCGCUGUCGAGUCAGCCCGCGAUGAAGUGAAGAACUUUGUCUUGGAUGAGAUUCUCGUGCCAUUGGUCGAGCUGUCUACAGGCACAAAAAUGCAGGAAACCGAAGAGAUGCCUGACUUCUCCGCUGAGCAAAUUAAAUCCGAGGUCCUCUCGCCGUACCUGGACCAUGCUUUGUCUCAUCUUGGCCGUCUUCUCAAGAGAGGUCCCUCAAAACCUGUUCUCUACUCAGGAGUCAAUGCUCUUUCUCUCAUUGCGCCCUGUGUUGAAUCUUCCAAGGAGACGGCUAGUCUUGUCAGUAUUGCAACAUAUCUGCUUCGGCAACCUGCGGAUCGUGUCAGUCCCAGAACCAAAUCUGGACUGUUGAAGAUCCUCGAGCACUUCUUGCCUUUGUGGGACCCCAAAGAUGAUCCCGAGCUUGCUCAACAAGUCUUCGAGGCAGUGUGCUCGAUGUUCGAUUAUUUCAAGGAUGAUGCGAACAGAGAAGUACUGUCCCGGGUUUUUGCUGCCCUUGCUACCCACAACGAAAAUCUCAAAGUGGUGGCCGACUUGUGUGCAGACCUGAACUCUCGCUCGGCAAGACGGCUUGAGCCUGAUUAUGCGAGACGUUUGCAGGCUUUCAGGACAGUUAGCGAUGAAUUGUCUCAAACUUUGAGCGCAAAGCAAUGGAGACCUCUUCUCUAUAACAUGCUUUUCCAUAUGAGGGACGAAGAUGAGCUUGCUAUCCGAUCUAGUGCCUCCUUCGGUUUGAGGCGAUUCAUCGAUAGGGCGUCCACAGACCCAGAUAUAGAAUUCGAAGCCCUCAUUGAUGAUGUUCUUUUCCCUUCGUUACAGUACGGCAUCCGGCAGAAAUCUGAACUGAUUCGCUCUGAAGUCGUCGCUGUCAUUGGCUACUUUGUCAAACUCAACCCUACCAGACCCUCGGUGCAGGACAUGCAUGUGCUUCUUGUUGGCGAUGAUGAAGAGGCCUCCUUCUUUACCAACAUCCUCCAUAUCCAACAACAUCGCAGGCAGCGUGCAUUGCGACGUCUGGCUGGAGAUGCAGCCCAUGGUAGCAUUCAGGCAUCAAAUCUGGGCACCAUUUUCAUUCCGUUGAUUGAGCAUUUCGUCUUCGAGGAUGCCCCUGAUGAAAAUGCCCACAACUUGAUCGCCGAAGGUGUCGCGACCCUCGGCGCUCUUUCGGAGUGGUUGGAAUGGGGCCAAUUCCGAGCAAACUUCCGGAGGUAUCGCAGCUACAUGACAAGCAAGCCGGAGAAAGAGAAGAAUAUCCUCAGACUACUGGGCCGCAUGUCCGAUGCACUUUCCAGUGCAAUGAAGCGGAAGAAGGGAACAGAAAUACAGAUCGAGAGUGAUGCUGACAAGAUGGAUAUUGUCGAGCAGCCCAUGUGCACGCUCGCCAAGUCUGUUCCUUCUCUUGCGAAGGUUUCAUCAGAAUUGACCACGAAUUUCAUUCCUUUCCUGACCAAGUACAUCCACCACAAGCAGGAGAAGGAAAUGAGUAUGCGUCUUCCAGCUUCGAUCACUACUGUCAAGCUUCUGAUGAUUCUUCCCGAGGAGGAACUCGCUAUCCGUCUCCCGCCGGUCCUCUUGGAUGUCUGCACUACUCUGAAAAGUAAAGCCCAAGACUCCCGUGACACCGCGCGGAAAACACUGAAUGAGCUUGCUCUCCUCCUGGGCCCUGUUUACUUCGGCUACAUACUGAAGGAACUCCGCAAUGUUCUUGCGCGAGGCUAUCAACUUCAUGUUCUUUCAUUUACGGUUCAUUCCAUGCUUGUAACUACGACUGAUCACUUCAAGCAAGGAGAUUUGGAUUAUUGUUUGCAAGAUCUGGUUGCAGUUGUGAUGGAUGAUACCUUUGGUACAGUCGGCCAAGAAAAGGACGCCGAAGGAUACACCAGCAAGAUGGUAGAGGUGAAGAGCAGCAAGAGUUACGACUCGAUGGAGCUUCUUGCGAAGAUUUCAACUAUCAGCCAAUUGUCCAACCUAGUUAGGCCUCUGCAGGCACUUUUACGCGAAAAGCUCAACUCUAGCCUCGUCAAGAAGCUUGAUGACCUUAUGCGAAGGAUCAGCAUCGGUCUUUUGAGAAACCCUGAUGCCGAAAGCCGCGAUAUGUUGGUCUUCUGUUACGAGGUCAUCAAAGAGGCCUACCGAGACAAUACCACAGAAGCGACUAAGGCUGCGCCCAAGACCAGAUACGAGGAGCGCUUCUUGGUCAAAUUGCAAGGAGCCAAGCGGGGCGAGAAUAGGGGCACGACGUCUUCUCAUGUUUAUAAGCUGACCCGGUUCUCAAUGGAUGUGCUUCGUGCGAUCCUGAACAAGUUCAAUUCGCUGUUGACAGCUUCCAACUUAUCGGGCUUCAUCCCCAUUAUUGGUGAUGCGCUUGUCCAAGCCCAAGAGGAAGUGAAGGUUUCUGCUCUCCGAUUGCUAUCUACGAUUAUCAAGCUUCCAUUGCCAGAGAUUGACGAGAACUCGCACGUCUAUUUCACCGAGGCAGUCAAGCUUGUCAAGGAGUCUCCUAGCACCAACUCAGAGGCCGCGCAGGCCUCCUUGAAGUUGAUUUCUUCCAUGCUCCGUGAGAGAAAGGAUACUAAGCUUCGUGACGGUCACCUUGCUUACCUGCUUAAGCGUCUGACUUCGGACAUUGAAGAGCCAGAUCGGCAAGGUGUAACCUUCAAUUUCAUCCGAGCCGUCAUGUCCCGCAAGCUCGUCGUACCUGAAAUGUACGAGCUUAUGGACCAUAUCGCGACCAUGAUGGUGACGAACCAGACUCGCUCUGCCCGAGAUCUUGCUCGAGGUACCUUCGUUCAUUUCCUAAUUGAGUACCCGCAGGCGAAGAGUCGCUGGACGAAGCAACUCGCAUUCUUCGCAAAGAACUUAGACUACAAGCAUCAGUCAGGACGACAGUCGGUUAUGGAGGCGAUGCACACGCUUCUCUCAAAGACCGGCCAAGAAUUAGCUCAGGAUAUUAUCAGCACCUUCUUCCUGCCCAUUGUCCUUGCUAUGGCGAACGAUGAGUCGCCAGAGUGCCGCGAGCUGGCCGGUACAUUGCUGGGAGAGUUCUACAAUCGUGCAGAUCGGGAGCAGAUGAAGACAAUGCUUACACCCCUUCGCUCGUGGUUAGAGCAAACUGACAACAUGGCUCUCUGCAGUAUUGGAUUACAAGCCAUGCGAAUUUACUUUGAAGCCGAGCAAAUCGACCAGGACAAACAGGCUCGCUUCGUCAUCAAUAUCCUUCCUGGCUUAAUGCAGCCGGUUCUAGAUGAUCACGAGAAUGGCAAUUGGGAAGCUCUUUACUUCGCCUUGCAGCUCUUCACAAAGCUUUGCAAGACGGCUUCCACUCUUGCACUAAGCCCGGAAUGCAGUUCCAUCUGGACGUCCGUCCAAGAAUCCUUAUUUUUCCCACACGCAUGGGUGAAAACCUGCGCCGCCAACCUUGUGGGCUUGUGGCUGGCUGAUCUGGCCAAGACAAAUGCCCCUACCGGUUACGCUUCCAUCCCUCUGGCUGGAAGCUCUGGUCUUGCCCUGGACAAGCCGGCCAUGCUGCAGCUUCUUCGUGCCGGUCUGCGCAGUCUGCGUACCCCGGGGAUUUCCGAAGAACUGGCCAUGCAAAGUGUGCGCAACAUCGUCUUCCUCGGCCGUUGCUGUUCCCAUAAUGGACUGGAACUUCCAAAGCUGGCAGGCGAGGAUGUUGAAUCCGAAGAUGAAGAUGACGAUGGGGAUGCUGGUAGUGAAGCUGAAGAGACAACGGAAGAAGUCAAGGUGGAACACAACAGAUCUGCCAUCCACUAUAUCUUCAAACAGAUCUCCUCCCUUCUACGCCGGGAGACUAUAUCUGGCCGAGCAAACGCUCUCAUCCCCAAAACAGCGUCCAUCACGCUUCUCGCCGCGCUCAUCCGCCAUGUCGAGGUUGAGCAGAUCCGUCCUUCCCUCCGCGUCAUCCUCAUUCCCCUUCAGCAUCUGACGGAUCCAUCGAUUCCGGCGCCACGCUCCUCGGAUGAGACCUUCCAGAACACGUACAAAUCACUCGUUUCCAACUGCCAUGAGGUCUUGGAUCUUCUCCAGAAAAAGCUCGGCACCACCGAGUACGUGGAUCAAAUUUCCAGGGUCCAAGCAGCUAUCAAGGAACGCCGUGAAGGACGACGGGCCAAGCGUCGCAUUGACGCUGUUGCCGACCCUGAGAAGUACGGACGUGAGAAGAUGAAGAAGAACGAGCGGAAGAGAGACAAGCGCCGUGAGAAGGGCUUGGAGCACCGUGGAAAGAGACGCGGUUGGUAG